AUGCAGAGGCAGAUCAACGGUCAGGCUGGGAGGCAGCGCAAGAGCCGCUCGAGGCUGCGGCGUUUAGCGAAGAUGAUGCGGGAUUCGGGGGAAAUGGAUCCGGAGGAGCUUAGGCUGGCGAGGCAGCGGGUGGCCGAUCUUAUCCGUGCCGGGGAUGACGUGGAACAGGAGAUUGUGCGGUUGGGCAGGGAGGGCGCGCUGACAGACGCUCUCAUCCUCGUGAUCCAGAACCGCCUCAACUUCGCCCGGCACGAUAACGAGCGUCACGUGGUGCAAUGCCUUGAUCUCUUGCUGCGUCGCAUCGAGGCAGAGAGAGAGGCACAACAAGCCACACCAGCCCUACGCCUCCUCAACACCCUCCUGCACCUUGCUGAUGACCUCAGCGCUGACAUCAGCACCUCCGGCUACGACCAAUGGCAGCGCGAGGCGCGCGAUGCCAUGAGAGCAGUGUUCCUGCCGGAGGACCCAUUCACGGUGGUCAUGCCUGCUGUGAAUGCCAUGGCCGCUCCAUCACCAUCCACCCCAUGGAAUGGCCUCGGUGGUACGGCUGAUUCGGGUGCGAGCAUGGGUGGUGAGAGCACGCUUCUUCGAAUCGACUUUAUCCGUGAGCUAGAAGAGCUUUUAGAGAUUGUUGAAGCUGAUGCUGCAGCUGCUGCUCAGGCCAGCGCGUUUCACCAUGACACGCACCGUCAGCAUACCUCUCCCCACGUCGGACUCGCGAUCCCCGCGAAACCGCAAAGCAGCAGCAGCGACUCGGAGUUAAUAGCUUAUGGCUACAAUGGCAUUACCAGGCACAAUCUACUGGAGCGAUUAGCAACGCCAGCCGCUGUGCCAGGAGGCCCCACUUCUACUACGAAACCAGCGCCUGUUACGCUUGCGCAGUCGCAGCUGAACGGGCUGAUCGCGCUGAACGCGGCGUGGCGGCUGUGGCCCGGCAACGGCAGGCGGUUGAUUCAGUGCCGGCAGUGGACUGGGAUCAAGUGCAACCCGCAAGGCAUGGUCACUGCGCUCAUGUGGGAUGGAAACACUGCGCCGACACCCAUUGAAGGGCCCAUACCUCCUGCCAUUGCCGCUUUCACUGCGCUCUCCAUUCUGGUCCUCCCAUCCAACGCCAUCAACGGAACCAUCCCAGUGCGCGCCUUCCAGCAGCUCAAGCAGCUGCAGAUACUGGAUCUGUCUCAGAAUGCCCUUGUGCCGCCCUUUCCACCUCGCACAUUGCAGUCCAUGACGGCCCUGCGAGUCCUGGAUCUGAAUGGCAUGCAACUGGACAGCACGCUCGACAUGCUUGGCCACUCCACCGCCUUUCAAUACAUAGACAUCACUUCAACCGAAUCAACAGGCCCGCUGCCACCUUCACUUGCUGCUGCUUCCAACCUCACGCACCUGGACUUGUCAUACAACUACCCGUCAGGGAACGUUGUCAGCAUUAUCAGCAAGCUCACCUCCCUUACCUUCCUCUCCAUUAAGGAGGCUUGGGACCUUAUGGGAAGUUUUACCUCCUUCUCCUCGCUCUCGCGCCUCUCGCUCCUGCAGCACCUGGAGCUGCUGUCGUUUCACAACAUGACAGGCCGCAUCCAAGACAUGACCUUUCUCACGUCCCUCCCAAAGCUGCGCCAUCUGCAGUUUGCGGAUAUGCAUGUGGAGGGGGAGCUUCCUCCUGAACUCGUCCUUCUUGAUAAGCUCACCUACCUCGACCUGAGCUACCUUUAUUUCAACGACGUGCCUCUCUGGCUGGGCACCUUUACCAACCUCCGAAGCCUGUUCAUCCCGGAUGCGCGCAACAUGCGCUCAGGUGCCGUGCCGCAGGACCUCUCUCGCCUCUCGCACCUCGUGGAGUUUGCGGCAGGAGGGAACGGUCUCGUUGGUUUCCUCCCCGAGUCGUGGGCCUCCCUCACUGCCCUCACACUGCUGGAUCUCAAGAACAACGGCCUCCUGGGCUCCAUCCCAAACGCCUUCUCCAACCUCCAGAGCCUUGUCACUCUGGACCUGUCCCUCAACCAGAUGAGCGGCUCCCUGCCCACCUCCUUCAGUCCCGCCCUUGAAAGCCUCCUGCUCAACGACAAUCAGUUUCAGGGCUCCCUGCCAUCUGCCCUCGGGAGCAUGCCAGCUCUCUCAACGCUCAAGCUGAAUGCCAAUCGCUUCACAGGAACUGUUCCCAAGGACUUCACAGCACUCCAGUCCCUUACGGAAGUGAUGCUGAGCUACAACCAGCUGUCAGGAGGGCUCGAGGUCAUCGCCAACAUGCCGUAUGUCACCACCAUCGACAUUGGCUCUAACAACUUCUCGGGCUCUCUGCCAGCUGACUUCUCCAAGCUUACGACCCUCCUCACUCUCAUUGCAGUAAACAACAGCCUGUCAGGGGAGUUUCCGUCGGUGCUUCUGGGCCUCACCACACUCGAAGGACUGGACUUGUCGUACAACAGGUUCACGGGCCCCAUCCCUCAGGCCAUCACCAGCCUCACCGGCCUCGCCUCCUUGCAUUUGGAGCACAACCAGUUCUCAGGGGAGAUUCCGGCCUUUGUCUUCCAGCUCUCCUCACUCACAGAGUUGUACCUCUCCUACAACCAUUUUCAAGGCAGCAUUCCGCAAAGCCUCUCAACCAGUGGCGCACUCGGCUUGCUCAAUCUAGAGGGCAACGCUUUCAGUGGCCCACUGCCUGACUUCGCCCAGUGGAACACCAGCAUCACCGCUCUGUAUUUGGGGUUCAACAAUCUCACAGGCUCCAUCCCAGACUCGCUCACUACAAUCACGUCCCUUAAUACCAUCACUCUGCAGUUCAAUCAGCUGUCGGGCACCAUUCCGACUUCUCUUUCGGCUCUCACGGCCCUGGACACAAUAUGGCUGGCAGGCAAUCAGCUCUCAGGCACUCUCCCGGACUUCUUCGCCUCCCUAUCAAACCUGCGACAGCUGCUGCUGGAUGGCAAUCAGAUCUCGGGCUCUCUGCCAGCCUCCUUCUGCAAUCUGAAGCGACUUGAGUACUUUGGGGUGCGCAACAACCGCAUGUACGGGCCGCUGCCGCGCUGCAUGUUUGACUUCCUUGGACUCAACUACCUAGACGUGCGCAACAACUCGUUCUACGGCACCAUAAACCGCGACUUCAAGGGCAUGAACAACCAGCCCACAGAACAAAACCCCAAUCCCGCCGCGCUCAACCUCGCGUACAACUAUUUCUACGGAGAGCCCUUUGUGUACGCCGCCGGCAGCAUGAUCUGCCCCACACCCGCCGUGCGAACCGUCGACUACCAUGAUAUUGCCUCCAUCGGGGCCACCGCAGGCGGAGUGGUGGCGGCAGAUUCCUCUUCCGGGCGGCAGGAGUAUCGAAUCUCCGUGGCGUAUGCAAAGGGCCAGGCCAGCUUGCUGCAGAACUGCCUGGCGGUGCGCGGCGAGGCAGGGUGCCUGGUGAACGAGACGCAGCGGCCGGCGGAGGAGUGUGCGGCGUUCUGCAGCAUCACGGAGAGUGGGGUGUGCAACGGGGUGGGGGACUGCGUGCCGCCUGAGCCGGGAAGCGGCGAUCAGGGCUUCACGUGUCGCUGCAAUGCGCCGUAUUCCACCGUGCCUGCUGCCAACGGCAGUGGGUCCUCCUGUGCCAUUCAGACCACCAAGUCCUCGCUGUCAACGGGGGCCAUCGUGGGCAUCGCAGUGGGGUGCUUCACGGGGCUCGCUCUCAUUGCCGCUGUGCUUGUCGUGAUGCUCCGCAAGAAGAAGAGACGUGAGUGCUGCCACACACGCUGCCUGUUCAAGUAUGCUUUGUCCUACUCUCAAAUCCCUCUUACGCUCCCCUCCCGCUCUCUCCCUCCCCCAGACCCUCUCGGCCUUCCCCCAGGGCGGUGGGACGACCUGGACGUGUCUCAGGAGUUUUCGAUUGGCACGAUGAGGAAGGCCACCAACGACUGGGCGGAGGAGAACGUGAUCUCAACCCCAACCCCUUUCCUCCCUCUCCCCAACCUCCCUCUUCCCCCCCUCCCCCCAGGGCGGUGGGACGACCUGGAUGUGCGGGCGAUGGCGAGUCUGAACCACAAGAACCUGGUGCGGCUGCUGGGGUUCUGUCUGGACAUGAACGUGGAGAGUGGCAAGCAGGAGCAGAUCCUCGUCUACGAGUUCGUGGCCAACCGUGACUUCCAGUACCACAUCCACAAGCCCAAGCUUACGCCGUUUCGCCGUUAUCUCACAGAAGCACGCCCUCUGGGCUUCAAGCUCGCCAUCCAUCCACGACUCCGUCGCCAUCUCUUUCCCCCACUCUUUCAUCCCCCCUCCUUCCCGCUCCCCCCUCUCUUUUUCCCUCUCCUGUGCCCAGGCCCGCUGACGCUGCGGCAGCGGUUGAAGCUGGCGGUGGGGGCGGCGGAGGGGUUGGCAUAUUUGCACGGCUUUGAGAAUCCCAUCAUUCACCGCGACAUCAAGCCCGCCAACAUCCUCGUCGGGGACAACCUCACUGCCAAGAUCGCGGAUUUUGGGCUGCUCAAGACGAUCAAGGUUGGGGAUGAGACCGCCACGAGGGUGGCGGGCACGCCGGGCUAUGUGGACCCGGACUACAACCGCACCCAGAUGGUCACCACCAAGAGUGAUGUGUACAGCUUCGGAGUGGUGCUGCUGGAGAUGCUGACAGCACGCAAGGUCACCAUGGGCGGCAGCUCCCACAUCGGCAAAUGGGUGAGCAAGAUGGUAGCAGCAUACACGCUGGACGAGCUGAGAGACAAAACACUGGAGAUUCCAGAGGAGGCCAUUGUCGAGUGGGCUGACCUCGCCUUAGACUGCAUCAAGGCGCCCGGUUCCCGGCGGCCUGAGAUGAAGGACGUGGUGAGGCGGCUGGAUGCGCUGCUGCAUAAGUACACGGAGGAGUAUGAGGGGGAGAACGACCUCUUUGGGGAGGGUGAUGGGGUGAGCAGUGUGGGGAGUGUCGCCGGGUUGAGAAGCCAGAGCAGCCAGGCUGGCACGAGCACAGCCCUUGCAUCGGGGAUCAGUUUCCCGUCUUCUGGGGUGAUGAAUUCGACGCUGAACAGCACGGUGCAGAGCGGUGUGAUGAGUGGAAUUGGCCCGAUGAGUGGUGUGAGCGAGGUAUCUGGUAAGAGCGGGGUAUCGGGUGUGAGUGAGGCAUCAGGUAAGAGUGGGGGAGGUGGGGGGAGCUCUCGUUCAAAGCUGAUGAUGUCUGUGGCGUCGGCGCUGGGAAUAAGUGAAGAGGAUGUGGCACGGCGGGAGGGGGGUGGGGAUAGUGCAGUCAUGCAGGCUGCAGGCGGGAAGAGCCUUCAGAACCUCUUGAGUGUGAAGGAGGUUGAAGGGCGGUGA